AUAGAUGACCCACGCUGAACUGUCCCACCAAACUCAAUGACAGGGGGGCGCUACCAUCGUUCAACUAUAUGGUUUCCAACAUGGCAAAAAUCUGAACCAGCGAUCCGGUAUUGACGGUGGCGCCCCACUGUCAAUGUCAUCGACAGGACAGUCCAGUAUUUUGGAACUAUACCGUUUGUUUUGCCUUUGUUGAAUCUCAUUUUGUGUUGUACUUUUGCUGUAUUGUAGUUAAUACAUUAGUUACGGAGCGUGCUGGUGUACUUAAUUAGUUGUAACUUUCAAUUAAAAAGUCACAUUCGUAUGCUUGUGUUAAAUUGAAAUUGCUAUCUCUUAGUAAAUCUAAAAGUUAAUUAAACACAUUUUUACUACUUUAAAUUUAUUCAAACUUAAAUUUUAUCACGCGGUGCCAGGAUACACUAAGAUGGGCUUUAACAAAGUAAAUAACGAAUUAACUCAGACCAACUUGUAUGAUCGUGUAAAAAAAUUAUUAGUUUCAUAUGAAUGGAGUGAUUGCUGUUUCGCUGUGUCAGGGAAAAAAAUUAAGGCCCAUAAAUUAAUAUUGUGCAUUAGCAGUCCUGUUUUUGAAGCAAUGUUUUAUGGGCCUCUAUCCAGUGACAAGGAAGUCGUAAUUACAGAUAUUGAACCAGAAAUAUUUCAGCAGCUACUGAAUUACAUAUACACAGACAAAGUUGAAAUAUCUUCUAUUGAAGAAGCACUUGAAUUACUGUAUGCAUCCAGAAAAUAUAUUUUAGAUCACUUGACUGAUAUGUGUAUUGCUUACAUACAAACUAAUAUUUGUGUGGAUAAUGUUAUUCAAGUUCUUAAUUAUCCUGACUACGACAAGCAAUUAACAUCAUGUGCACUGAAAUUGUUCUGUGAGCAUGCAAGAUAUCUAUUCAGAGAAAACAUAGAUAUGAUUUCGUCCUCUUGUAUGGAAAUAAUUUUAAAAAGUGACCAGAUGAAUAUGAAAGAAGUGGAACUCAUUAAAAAUGUAUUUAAAUGGACUAAACAUUACUGCCAACAAAAUGAAAUUCCUGAAACAUUUGAAAAUAGGCAUGAAGUAUUGUUUAAAAAUGGGUUAUUUGAGUUAUUAAGAUUCAACAUACUAUCUUUUGAAGAAUUAGAAGAAAUAACAAAUAAUGUAAAUAACAUUCUUCUCCCUAAAGACUUAAAUUAUAUCAAGAAAUCAUUGUUGUUAGAAUGUGAAAAUAAUGAAAGAAGAAGCCUACAUAAACACAAAUAUUUGCCACGCAGCCCCCUGAAACUGCAAUGGUAUCUUUGUUACCGAAGUCCCUUGAGACCUGUGGCUCCUUUAAAUAUAGACUUAACCAAUUACAUCAAACAUUCAAGGAUAAAAGCGAAUAAGUCUAUAUUUAUCAAUUCCCUUUGCAUACCAGCCCGAACACCACCUAAUUUAGCUUUUUAUAAUGAUAAUGUGCCAAAAACUUAUACAGAGCUGUUAUCAGUCUCCAUUGUUUCAGUUUCUGAUAACAAAAUACUACAAUCUAAAAAAUUUACCAGCACAGUGAAAUAUGAUUCCUCUGUUGAAAUAGAGCUCAGUGAACCCUGUUUUAUAAAAAAGAAUAUGUGGUACAAUAUCCAGUUUAUGUGGCCACAAAACCAGUUUCAACCACAUUCAUAUGUAGUAGAAGUUAGAGAUCGAAUCUCAUAUGGUUAUAAGACUCUAACAAUUGAGUUUGAUGACUUGAGUAAUGGAACACCUGUAGGAAGUUUUCUUGAAGGAUUGAAGUUUUGUUUUUAGUUAUUAAUCCAAUAUUUAUUCAUGUAACCUUAUUUGAAAUUUAUUUAUUAAACUUACCUUAACUUUA